AUGGAGUCUCCGGCAUGGAUGUUCACGAAGGCUUUGUCACACCGUCAGAAGGUGUGCCGUCUUUACAAGAAAGCUUUAAGGGAAAUCGACAAUUGGUACGGAGGCGAUUGCUUGGAAGUGCGUUAUCAAAAACUAGAUUCGAUGCAAACAAGGAUGAGAAAGACACUCGCAAAAGCCAAUACCUUCUUGCUGAUGGCUGCCGGCAGCUGUGGGAAAAAAGGCAUUUCAAACCAAUUCCGAUACCCUCUGGACCCCGGAGGCAGUAGCUACGAUCGCUAUCGCGAAUCUCCUGACCAGAUCGUGGAUUCUGAACAGUGGACACUGCCUGAGAAAGAGCAAUUCCCGUACUACUUCAACAGGCGUGAGCAAAGAAAGAAGGAAUUGCUCGCUCAUUGGUCGAAGAUCGAGAAAGCGUGGGACGAUGAAAUUGCAGCUAUUCAAACGACUCUUCCGAAGGAGAAGCCCACGACAAAAGAACUUUAG